AUGAAGUUCACCUGUAUAAUACUUCUACACGCACUCAUUUGCUGGUUCUUCAAGAUGACUAUCGCGAGUCAAUGUAAGGCAGCAUCUUACUCCAUACAGGAUCACGUGCUAAUAAACCACGUCAUCAAGGCCGGGCCUGCAGAGCUGAUUGAACACUGCAUCUCUCGGUGCAUCGAACAUACUGGUUGCCAUAGCAGCAACUUUUAUCGGAUAAGCAAAUGGUGUGAACUGAAUGAUAAAACGCACGCUUCCCACCCCGAAGAUAUGAGACAAGUUCCAUUUACAAACUACAUGGAGAACACUCUCAGACCUCUCCAGCUACCUCUCACCUGCAGAUUCGACUCAGACUGCGGCAGAAGUUUGUUUUGCUUUCUAUCGAAGUGCGUAGGUGAGUUUGGUUACUAUUUGAUCUUACUUUGUCCUCCUUUUUACGUAAGAGUAAAGCAAUUAAAUAUAAUUAGCUUCUCAAGGCUUUUACUGACCUGCCUUUUUUCUUCCUUUUCACAGUAUGCAGCAUCCAUGCACUUGGGAUGGAAAGUAACGCAUUGCCAAAUUCAUCCAUUACAGCAUCCUCGUGGAUACGGCACCCUAGCCACGACCCUUGGCUAGCCCGGCUCAAUAAUGUUCCAAAACAUGGCAGCACGGGCUCCUGGUCAGCAAAAUUUAAUAAAACCGGCGAGUGGUUACAAGUUGAUCUCGGGGAGGAGAGGCUGCUAACAAACCUGUCCACACAGGGGAGGCCCUCCAUGGACCAAUGGGUGGAGUCCUACAACAUUUCGUUCAGUUCGGACAGCGUCAAAUGGGAGUCAUACAAGGAAAAUAAUGCCGUAAAGGUAUGUGAUCGUGAUUUUAUUUCUUAA